AUGUGGCGAGAGGCGAUGAUGAGGAGGAGGAGACGCCGCUACCUGCUGGAGCGGGCAGAGCAGGCGGGCGGCGGCUGCGGGGCGAGCGGCGAGCAGUCCCGCUGCCGGGACUGGCUGUACGAGUCGUACUACUGCAUGAGCCAGCAGCACCCGCUCCUCGUCUUCCUGCUCCUCAUCGUCAUGGGCGCCUGCCUGGCCCUGCUCGCCGUCUUCUUCGCCACCGGGCUGGAAAUUGAAGACCACGUGGCGUUUUUAAUAACUGUUCCAACAGCGCUAGCAAUUUUUUUUGCUAUAUUUAUCCUUGUCUGCGUGGAACCUGUCUUCAAAAAACUGCUCCGUAUAUUUUCGCUGGUGGUCUGGGUAUGUCUGGUUGCCAUGGGAUAUCUUUUUAUGUGUUUCGGAGGAAUCAUCUGUCCCUGGGACCAGGUAUCAUUUUUCUUGUUCAUUAUUUUCGUGGUGUAUACCAUGCUGCCCUUCAACAUGAGGGACGCUAUAGUUGCCAGCGUCUUGACCUCUGCGUCUCAUACGAUUGUGCUGAGCGUCUGUCUAUCGGGUACAGCUGUUAUAAAGGAACACUUGGUUUGGCAGAUAUUGGCAAAUGUAAUCAUUUUCAUCUGUGGAAACUUGGCAGGAGCAUACCACAAACACCUCAUGGAACUGGCACUGCAGCAGACGUAUCAAGACACGUGCAACUGCAUCAAAUCCCGUAUCAAGUUGGAAUUUGAGAAGCGGCAACAGGAGCGUCUUCUACUUUCUUUACUGCCUGCUCACAUUGCCAUGGAAAUGAAAGCAGAGAUCAUUCAGAGAUUGCAAGGUCCCAAAGCAGGCCAGCUGGAAAACACAAACAACUUCCACAACUUGUAUGUCAAAAGGCACACCAAUGUAAGCAUCUUGUAUGCUGAUAUUGUGGGAUUCACUCGCCUGGCCAGCGACUGCUCACCUGGGGAACUGGUGCACAUGCUCAAUGAGCUGUUUGGCAAGUUUGAUCAGAUUGCAAAGGAAAAUGAAUGUAUGAGAAUUAAAAUCCUAGGUGACUGCUAUUACUGUGUUUCUGGACUACCUAUAUCUCUUCAAAAUCAUGCCAAGAAUUGUGUGAAAAUGGGACUGGACAUGUGUGAAGCUAUUAAGAAAGUGAGAGAUGCAACUGGGGUUGAUAUUAAUAUGCGUGUGGGAGUGCACUCUGGGAACGUCCUCUGUGGAGUUAUUGGGCUACAGAAGUGGCAGUAUGAUGUGUGGUCGCAUGAUGUCACUCUGGCAAAUCACAUGGAAGCUGGAGGAGUCCCGGGCCGUGUUCACAUCACUUCAGUCACCUUGGCACAUUUGAAUGGAGCAUACAAAGUGGAAGAUGGGGAUGGUGAUGUGAGGGACCCAUAUCUGAAAGAGCACAAUGUUAAGACUUACUUUGUAAUCAAUCCUAAGGGAGAGAAGCGAAGUCCUCAGCACCACAUUAGACCUCGACAUACUCUUGAUGGAGCCAAAAUGAGAGCUUCUGUCCGCAUGACCCGGUACCUGGAAUCUUGGGGAGCAGCCAAGCCAUUUGCACACUUGCACCACAGGGACAGCAUGACCACUGAAAACGGCAAGAUUAGCACAACAGAUGUUCCCAUGGGGCAGUAUCAUUUUCAGCGUUGCAGAGAGAGGACAAAAUCACAGAAAAGAAGGUUUGAGGAGGAGCUGAAUGAGAGGAUGAUUCAGGCCAUUGAUGGAAUCAAUGCUCAAAAGCAGUGGCUUAAAUCUGAAGACAUUCAAAGAAUAUCACUUCUUUUCUACAAUAAGACUCUGGAAAAAGAAUAUAGAGCAACUACUCUGCCUGCAUUUAAGUAUUAUGUGACUUGUGCCUGUCUCAUAUUCUUCUGCAUUUUUGUUGUACAGAUUCUGGUAUUGCCAAAAACAUCUAUUCUUGGAAUUUCAUUUGGGGCUGCAUUUCUCUUGCUUUCCUUCAUUUUGUUUAUCUGCUUUGCUGGACAGCUUUUGCAAUGUAGCAAGAAAGCAUCAGCUUCACUGUUGUGGAUCCUGAAAUCAUCUGGAAUAAUUGCAAACCGUCCUUGGCCACGGAUCACUCUUACAUUGACAACCACUGCAAUAAUAUUAACUAUGGCUGUGUUCAACAUGUUUUUCCUGGAUAACGCUGUGAAAGCUUUUCCCCCAGUUCUUAAUUCAUCAAAUACAAGUUUUCCUAAUUUGAGUAAUCAGACACGGUGGUGUAUACAAAACAACUGUUUUUUCCUACCGUAUUUUAUAUACAGCUGCAUAUUAGGGCUCAUUUCCUGUUCCGUUUUCCUGAGGAUAAAUUAUGAGUUGAAAAUGGUGAUAAUGUUGAUUGCAUUGGUGAGCUACAAUGUUAUCCUUCUGCACACUCAUGGGCCCAUGCUGGAUGACUACAGCAAAUUUAUGUACGCAAUGGCACCUCUAAAAAGGCCUGGAGUACUAAAAGACCUGAAGACAAUGGGCUCAGUUUCUUUGUUUAUAUUCUUCAUCACAUUACUGGUUUUGGGUAGACAGAAUGAAUAUUACUGUAGGUUAGACUUCCUGUGGAAGAACAAGUUCAAAAAAGAGCGGGAGGAGAUUGAAACCAUGGAGAACCUAAAUCGUGUGCUUCUGGAGAAUGUGCUUCCAGCCCAUGUAGCUGAACACUUCUUGGCAAGAAAUCUGAAGAAUGAGGAUCUGUAUCAUCAGUCAUAUGACUGUGUCUGUGUCAUGUUUGCUUCUAUUCCGGAUUUCAAGGAAUUUUACACAGAAUCUGAUGUAAAUAAGGAAGGCUUGGAAUGUCUCAGGCUGCUAAAUGAGAUCAUUGCUGACUUCGAUGAUCUAUUGUCUAAGCCAAAGUUCAGUGGAGUUGAAAAGAUAAAGACCAUUGGGAGCACUUAUAUGGCAGCAACGGGACUGAGUGCUACACCCAACCAAGAACAGUGUCAGGAACCCGAGCGACAGUAUAUGCACAUAGGAACCAUGGUGGAGUUUGCAUUUGCCCUAGUGGCAAAACUGGAUGUCAUAAACAAGCAUUCAUUCAACGACUUCAAGUUACGAGUAGGUAUUAACCACGGACCUGUAAUAGCUGGAGUAAUUGGAGCUCAAAAGCCACAAUAUGAUAUCUGGGGCAAUACAGUAAAUGUGGCCAGCAGGAUGGACAGCACUGGUGUCUUAGAUAAAAUACAGGUUACAGAGGAGACGAACAAUGUCCUGCAAACACUGGGGUACAUGAGCACUUGCAGAGGAAUAAUAAAUGUAAAAGGAAAAGGAGAAUUGAAGACAUACUUUGUACAUACUGAAAUGACAAGGUCCCUUUCACAAGGGAAUGUGGCAUCUUGAAGAAAGCUUGUACAUGUCAUCAAUACCAUAUUUUCAGGAAAGUAUCACGCACUUUUUAACUACAUUUUGGCCCUUAACAUGCGUGCUAUUUUCUGAUAUGUGGCACUUAUUUUAAUAUGGCUGCAGAAUAGUCCCAUGAGCCAUCAUUUUGCACCUUGAUAUUCCUAUGUUCAAGGACAGUUGUGGUGUACGCUGUAGGACUGGAAGAUUGUACUGCAACUUGCACUGUUAUUCCAAGACAAGAAAAGAAGGAAUGGGAAUUAAAAAGAGGUAACUCAUCCUGAAAGGACUAAAAAAGAGAUGUUGGUGACAAAUGUGGGGAAAAAAGGCAAUAAAGCUAGGGGUGCAUACUAUUUCCCGAUGCAUGGUGUUUUCUGGAAAAUACAGUCGCUCCCCAAUAGCAUCCACUAAUCUGGUAUUAGAGCAUACAGUAUUUGUAAAUAAGUUUACUCAGUUCACACAUGAUUUGGAUGUGAUCACCGGUUGCAUCUCAUAGCCAGGGACACGUUGGGUGGCUUGCUGGCAUUCUUUCUGAGGAGAACUAACAAUGCUGGAUUAGUUUUGUACAAACGUGUCAAAUGUUUUGAAGCUAUUGUCUUUUGUAAGGUUAAUUCAUUAAAAGUUUAUAUGUACUUUGUCUUACUGUUGCUGUCUCUUAGUUUUGCUUCCUUCUAUGGCUUCUGUCCCUCUAAACCUGCGCGUCUGCUGCUGUGGCUGCUGCUUUUUAUUCAGCAGUUAGAUGCUGAGGCAGGCUGUGGCCAGCUAUUGCAAUAGCCAAGAUCAUUAAUAUCUGCUAGAUUUGCUGUUGCCUUUCAGAAAUUCAGUCAGCUCUAUUGUCUUCAGUCUUGGUUGGUAUCCUAGGCACUCUGCAGUCAUUUUUGGUCCUUAUGUGAUACAGACUUACCUCAGAUACAUAAACACAGCAAAGUGGGGGAUACUAGAGACAGAAGCAGUGUUGCUGCUCUACAACUGGCCUGCAGUGCUUAAACAGUAACUAGGAGAAGCUGUACAAGAGAGGAAACAUUUUGUUUUGCACUUCCACCACCUCUUUUGCCCUCGCAUGCCUUUCUCUUACCUUUCCAAUGCCAGAUUUCAUGGGAUAAUUACAAACAAUCUAAUUUAUCAAGACAUGACGUCUUGAUAAGACAUGGAAGAUACGAAAAAUGUCAUUUUGUGGAUAUUCAAGAUUCAUUUAAAACCUUUUGAAUUAAAAAAUAACAUAUUUGAAAAAAAUCAUAGAUGAGCAAGGUGAGAGACUGAAAAAGCCAGUAACUAUCUUCCUUUGAAAGCACUAUAAAGAUUAUUUUUGCUUUGCUAUUAUCAAUACUUGUUAUUAACAAUUUUAGUCAUCGUAACAGCCUAACAAGACCAAAAUUAAUAAUUUUUUCCUAUUUAAAAAUAUCAUAUAAUUACAAGAUAUUUUUUUCUGACGGAUACCUUAUGAAUAUAGAUGUCAACUUAUGCACUAUUAGCUCUGUCAUACUACUGAAUUGUAAAAAAGAUUCAUGGAACAAUCUUUCAGAUUUCUAAUUCAUGAAACAUGUAUUUACAUUUGUAUUGAGUCAGUGUCCUUUCAGAAGGAGUUCCCAAAAUUGUGGGUAACAAGUAAAUGGCAUCAGGCCAUGCAAAGUCUCACUGAGUGUGGCAUGGUUACUGACAGCAGCCAUCCGCCCUCUAGCAAAUUGGAAUAGCAGUCAAUUUCAAAAUGUCUACAUUUGAAAUAAAAUAGACAACCUGAAUUUUUAUCCCUUAAAUUAAACAAACAAACAACAACAACAACAACAAAACUUAGAUUUUGAAUAUACUCUGAGCCUUUAAAAUCUAUCUGGUAUUGUCACAAGUCAAAGCAAUCAUUUCUCACUAUGGAUGAAAACCCUGUAUGUAAACUCAUGUGUAAUUAUAUUGUACUGUCGGUAUCUAUGUGCAGCUUUCAGGUAUAACCUGUAUGUUCAGGGUUUUGUUUUUCAUUUGUAUUCUUGCACAUUCUGUGCAUCAGUACUAAACCUUGUACCUAAUUUGAUAGGCUUGUUUCUAUGAUUUUUAUAAAAGUUAAACAAUAGUAUAUUUCUGUAAACCAUAAAAUGUUAAAAUAUUUGAAUAGCAGUGAGCUGACUGGUCCAAUGAAAUAUAAAGAUAUAUAUGUGCCCUCCAAGAACAUGUUGAAAAUGCCCUUGUUCAGGGCACUCAUGUUACUCUGGUAUUCUCUCAUUUUGUACUUGCAUUCUGAUUCUUGCUACUGUGUAGCCAAAUCCUGCUAAAGAAAAAGAAAGUGGGCAAAAGAUGAAUAUACAUAUGUACAGUUAUGAUGCCCAAAGAAUGGUGCAUACCAUCCUCUCUCCAGCCUUCAGUUGCUGACUAGUAUUAUUAUCUUUCUAGUGCCAAGAAGCUAUUUGUAUCCAAUAAAUAUUUUUGUCUUCCAAUGCA